CACUUUAUCUUUUACAGAGACCCCCGAGAAAGUUCGCGAUGUAGGGGGGGAGGGGGGUUGUUUUUCUUUCUUUUUUUUCAUCGCCUCACCUGCACAUGUCCCUGCUCGUAAUAAGAAUAAGCCUUCGGGUAUCAUUACUCUGCAUCUAUUUCUUACGAGGGAUGUUCCCUACAUACGAUGCAUGCGUGCUCACCCGUCGUCAUCAUCGCCAUCGUCAUUCACAGGUACAAAGCGCUCGUUGCCAACGUUUAUACUCAUACCCUACCAUUUACGGAAUACAUACUCACUGGAUGUGGACAUACCGAACCUCCCCAACAUCGCAUUGCAUCCCGACCCAGGCCCGAGUCUCGAGGGGUCACGAUCCGUCACCGGGGCUAGCUGGGAUCGAGUGGGGAUCAAGCCGGGCUUACUUUACUGACGCUGACCGUCCGUGAGUCUGUCGUCUACUACGCACAUUACCUGUCUGCUCUCCCUCGCUUUCCCAUACCUACGUAGCCCACCCCUCUCGCCCCCUGUCUCCCGCCUCACGUUGGCGCUUUUUGUUUUUCUGCUGUGUUCCAUAUAUCCUAGCGUCGAGCAUCCGCAC